AUGACAGAACCCUUUCCGAACCCGGCUCUGUCGGGUCAGUCGAUUGCUCAGGACGAUUACCUCGGCCAUCUUCUCUCGUCCAACAAUUCCCGGUCUAACUCCCGCAAAGCGUCCCUUGCUUACGGAAGCAUUAAUGAUAAUGAGCCGGUAUUAAGGCGUUCUCGCAGUCUUACAGAAUCUAUAACAAACUCUAUGAUAGUUGCUACUAACGUGACCUGGGAGCAGAUCCAGCGUCGCCGGUUUCUGUCUGUGUGUGUGUUUGGGUGUCUAUUCAUCUUCCUCUUCAAUCUGAUAUUCCUUCCGCGGACCUCGUUGGACAGGGACUUACGACGUCUCCAUGGCGAGUUUCUUACCUUUGACGACUGUUCGCGAUUAUUUUUGACCCAGCUCAACUUCAAGAACAAUGUCAAGAGCUACAUGGAGUUUAUGGAGCGCGAUGUUCACUUGCCUGGAAAAAACCACGAGGCCGCGGAGUCUUUCUUCAAGAAGAACUACCAGUUUAGAACGUACUCUGACAAAUACGAGACCUGGAUGGGCAGGCCUCUGAAGACGCACCUGAAGAUGUACGACGGUGAUAAGUUGGUCUACGAAGCAAAGUUGAAAGAAAGCGAGCUUUUGUCGUUCCAUCCGUACUCUGCCAACGGGACUGUCAAUUCCGAGUUUGUCUAUUUGAAUUAUGGCCUGGAACACGAUUACGAAGCUGUUCGCAAGGCCGGCGUCGAGGUGGGCGGUCUAAUUGGCAUUGUUCGACGCGGACAGAUUAGCGUCGAUCGCAAAAUUAAGAUUGCCCAGGAACACGGAAUUUCUGCCGUUCUAGUGUACUCUGACCCCUACGACGACGGACAGCAGAGAGUGAAAAACGGCCGCAAACCGUUUCCGUCGGGGCCUGCGCGGAAACCGUCCAGCGUGGACAAGGAAACAGUCAGUUUCCUUGCUGAGCAGCCGGGCGACCCGACGACGCCUGGUUGGUCUUCGACGCUUUUUGCUCACAGAGUGGAGCCGAAAACUAUUCCGAAAAUCCCCUCCUUGCCGCUCAGCUACGAGGACAUCGAGCCUAUAUUAAAGACCCUGAAGGGUCCGGAUGUGGGCUGGCAUGGCGACCUGGAUUUUUCCUACUCGUGCGGGCCCUCGAGCUACUCCCUUGAUCUGCUCAACAUCGUUGAGUAUAAAAUUAAGCCAAUUUACAAUAUUGUGAACGAGAUACCCGGCGUGAUCAAGGAUGAGGAGCUGAUUAUUGGCGCGUCUAGAGACUCAAUCGGAGGCCUAGGGGGCGUUUCGGGCGGCCAUGUGGCCAUGAUGGAGCUGGCCAGGGGAUUCGACGAGCUUGUCAAGCUCGGCUGGAAACCGCUCAGAACCAUCAAGCUUAUAUCCUGGGACGGGUCCAGCUACGGCCUGCUGGGGUCCACAGAGUUUGGAGAGUUCUACUCCACCAAGCUCGCGAAAAACAAUAUUCUCUACAUCAACUUGGAUAAAUUAAAUGGCUCGCAAGUGAAAAUAGAGAGCCACCCACUUUUCAACGAGCUGCUGCUGAAAGUGAUGAAGCAGGUGAUGGUGAAUGACAAACAGACGCUCCAUCAGUACUUCACCACAUCGAAUUCGUCGAUGGGGUUGAUCUCGACCGGAAUGGGAGACUACUCUGUGUUCCAGAACCAUUUAGGCAUACCGUCGCUAAACCUCGGCUUUUCAAACAAUAAAGACACAGACCCCGUGCCAUACUUCAACUCUCUGUCAGAUUCGCUCGAAUGGUACACUCGCCUGGACCCAGACCUCAAAUUCCCCAACGUCAUGGCGCAAUUCGCAGGCCUGUUUGUGCUCCAUCUCAGCGAAAAGGAAAUUCUCCAUGUGAGAACCUACGACUACGUCGCUGCCAUACAUUCACGUUAUAAACACAUAGUCGACAAGGUGCCAUCUUAUUGGUUCGACCGCAUCUGUGACGACGAGUCCAAUAAACGGCUGGGAACAAAAGUUGACGAGAUGGACACACUUUUCCAGAUAUUGUUGAAAAAGAGCUCGAGUUUCGAUUCAAACAUCAAGCUUUUGCAAAAACAAAUUCUCCAAGACUACCCGUGGUUCAAGCUGCUCACAAAAAUCAAGAUCGCCAUCAAAAUCAAAGUGGCUAACCUGAAGGUGCGUUCGCUGGACCGGCUGUUUGUGACGGACCCGGUGCUUAUAGACCGCGCGUGGAUCCGCCACCUCAUUUUCGCCCCCUCCCGUGACUCACAGCACGUCUGUGUCCUUGCAGGGCUGGAAGAGCCGCUCCGGUCUGCGGACUAUGACACCUUCGCCGCCAACCUCAAAGUUGUCGGCGACGCUCUAACGAAACUGCAACGCAAACUAUGA